AUGGACAAACCAAAGCGGAGCUCAGAAUUUAGUGAAAGAAAACUGGCAUCAGCUGACUUCAGUGGCAUCUACAGCAAUGACCUGCUCCCAGCUUCAGGCGGUGAGGAGAUGACCAGAGGAUUUCUGGAGGAACUGGUCGGCAUCUUGUUGGGUUUUAUCUGCAAGUCUAAUCAGAGGAGCUCUAAGGUGCUGGACUUCCAUCAUCCUCAUCAGCUAAAGGAGGGACUGGAGGGCUUCAGUCUUGACCUGCCAGACCAACCAGAAACUCUGGAGCAGUUACUAGUGGACUGUAGAGACACCCUCAAAUAUGGUGUUAGUACAGGUCAUCCACGUUUUUUCAAUCAGCUCUCUUCAGGUUUGGAUGUGAUUGGUGUGGCCGGCGAGUGGUUGACCUCAACAGCCAACACGAACAUGUUCACAUAUGAAGUUUCGCCUGUUUUCCUCCUCAUUGAGGAGGUUCUGCUGAAAAAAAUGCGAAGCAUUGUGGGGUGGGCUGAUGAUGAGGGUGACGGACUCUUCUGUCCAGGAGGCACGAUAUCCAAUCUGUACAGCAUCCUCUUGGCCAGAUAUCACUUCUACCCAGAGGUGAAGACCAGAGGGAUGGGAGCUCUGCCUCGGCUGGCCAUGUUCACGUCAGAACAUAGUCAUUAUUCAGUAAAGAAAUCUGCAGCUGUGCUGGGCAUAGGCACUGAGAAUGUGGUUGUGGUGAAAUGUGAUGAAAGAGGGAAAAUUAUUCCUGCAGCACUUGAGACUUCCAUUGCCACAGCUAAAGAAAAGGGUUUGGUUCCUUUCUAUGUGAACGCCACAGCAGGAACUACCGUGUAUGGAGCCUUUGAUCCCCUUAAUGCCAUUGCAGACAUCUGCCACACACACACACUCUGGAUGCACGUUGACGCAGCUUGGGGUGGAGGCCUGCUGAUGUCAGACAGACACAGAAUGAAACUGCAGGGCAUUGAACGAGCAUGUUCAGUGACAUGGAAUCCACACAAGAUGAUGGGUGUCCCUCUGCAGUGCUCUGCCAUACUGGUCAAGAAAAGAGGUCUCUUACAGGAGUGUAAUAAGUUGGGGGCCCAGUACCUUUUUCAGACGGACAAACCAUACGAUGUGAGCUAUGACACUGGAGAUAAAAGCAUCCAGUGUGGCCGACACGUUGAUGUGUUUAAACUCUGGCUGAUGUGGAAGGCAAAGGGCUCAGACGGCUUUGGAUCUCAAGUCAACAAAUGUCUGGAGAAUGCCGAGUAUCUCUAUGAUCAGCUGCAGAAAAGGACAGAAUUUGAACUAGUCUUCAAAAACAAACCAGAGCACAGUAAUGUGUGUUUCUGGUACAUCCCUCCCAGUCUGAGAAGCUUGCCACCUGGACCUGACAGAGAUAGAAGACUCCAUCAGGUUGCUCCUCGGAUCAAAGGCAGGAUGAUGGAAAAGGGCUCUGUUCUGAUUGGCUAUCAGCCGUUGGGAACCAAAGUCAAUUUCUUCAGGUGUGUGUUUUCCAAUCCUGCCACUCAACAAGAGGACAUCGACUUUCUGCUGGAUGAGAUUUGCCAGCUGGGUACUGACCUUUAA